CUCAAAUGUGCCAUCUGCCUCUGAGACUGUUGUAAGUAUCUCCCUCGAACCUGUGAAAAGGAAGACAGAGGAGGUUCUGCACAGAGGUGAAACGAAUCACGGUCCAUUAAAGCAUUAAAACUCCCCACACCAUUAAAAGAACAAAGCUGACAGCACCCCACAACUCGACCUUCAACUCCAAGGAUGUAGCUGGAUCAAGGAGAUGUCAGAGAUAUCCAGUGAGAGUGUGAGGUGUGGAAAAUCUCAUCCACAACAUGACAACAAGAUCAAACAGCUGGAGGAGCCACACCCUCCUCCUCCUCCUCCUCAGACUGGGGACACCUCAGGAAGUCAGUGUUGGAGCAGUAUGGGAAGCAUCAGACAGAAGCAGCAGAGACCAUCAGUACUCCGUCAGCUUUCCCAAACAGCUUCCAGACGACAACACGUGCAUCCACGAAGUAGUGCAGCUGUCUCCAUUUGCAAGGAAGAGGUGAAUUCAGGCUGUCUUCCUGAGUCAUCUUCACCACACAUCAGAUCCUGUCCUAAGCAAAGUCAUCAUCUUCUACCCAUGAGGAGAAACAGUCCAAAGCAGAGCUACACAGAGGCCACACUUCAUGAUGGCAUCCCUGAGGGGACCAGUGCUCUGUUUGUGAGUGGCCUCUGCCGCUGGCCUGGCUGUGAUGUGCUGUCUGAAGAUUUCCCAAGUUUCUUAAAGCAUCUCCAUUCUGAACACAGUCAUAGUGACAGAAGCAUUGCGCAGUGGAAGGUCCAGCAAGACAUUGUUCAGUGCAUGGAGAGUCAGCUCAUAGCGGAAAAACAGAAACUCAUUGCGAUGCAACUUCAUCUGCACCUCUCAGAACACAAAUAUACUCAUUUGGCAGUCUCUGAAUGGUCGUACAGCCUUCCUCUGUUCCUGCCCCAGCCUCAGGUAACAGAUGGAGACAGAAUGCAACAAUGGGGCAUUAAACAUCUGGAGGAGUUGCCCCAGCAUGGCUACAGAGCUGCUGCUUCUGGUCACCUUCUGCCAGAUUUGGUCCCGAGUAUUGAAAGUUACAAAUACAACAACAUCAGGCCUCCGUACACCUACGCCUACUUGAUAAGAUGGUCCAUCCUGGAAUCUCCAGACAGACAGCGCACUCUGAAUGAGAUUUACAACUGGUUCACUACCAUGUUCUUCUACUUCCGACACAACACUGCUACCUGGAAGAAUGCAGUGCGGCACAACCUCAGCCUACACAAGUGUUUUGUGCGAGUGGAAGGAGGAAAGGGAGCCGUGUGGACAGUGGAUGAAACAGAGUACCAGAGGAGGAAAGGACAGAAGUAUCACAGGUACAAACACUCAUGGAACCUGCUCUCUAGUCUCUCCUCCGCAUUCAGUAUGGAGUCAAGUGCAGAUAUGGGAAUGGGCUGAUUAUUUGCACUUGGAGAUCUCCUCAGCCAAGGCAGGCACUAAAAUGGAUUUCCAAGUUAAAACAGAAGUAUAAGUAGAAAGUGAGAGGAUGAAGAUGAAGGGAAGGAAAGAAAAUGUGGAGGUAAAGAAAAAUUUGAAUUCAAUUCUAUUUCAGAUUCAGCAGCGGCUGUAGUAGCAGGUGCCUUGUGUGUGUGUGUAUGUUUUCUCAGGGACUGUCCCGUGAAGUGGCUCACAUCCUACCCCCCUUACUGUGCAGAGGAUCCCUGAACAGCAGAGUCCAAUGGCUGGAGUCACAGGAACUUAAGAAUCCGAUGAAAUGAAAUUGUGUUCAUUUUAAAUGAGUUGUUAAACAUGGCUAUAUUGUUUGUUACAUCAAGGUGUUUUGUACAAAUACCCCACAGCUGUUUUUGUACUUUAAUUUUUAAUUUUUAAUUCCACAAGAAAUGUUGCAAAAUAAAUGAAGCCAACAUGUGUGGACUCUUUGACUUCA